AUGGCGGCCAGGUCCCGGAGCGCCUCGGGCUGGGCGCUACUGCUGCUGGUGGCGCUUUGGCAGCAGCAGCGCGCCGCCGGCCAGCGCGGCGUCUUCCAGCUGCAGCUGCUGGAGUUCGCCAACGAGCGCGGCGUCCUGGCCAGCGGGCGGCCGUGCGAGCCCGGCUGCCGGACUUUCUUUCGCGUCUGCUUGAAGCACUUCCAGGCCGUGGUCUCCUACGGCCACUGCACCUUCGGCAACGUCUCCACGCCGGUGCUGGGCACCAACUCCUUCGCCAUCCGAGAUGACAGCAGCGGCGGGGGCCGCAACCCUCUCCAACUACCCUUCAAUUUCACCUGGCCGGGCACCUUCUCACUCAUCAUCGAAGCCUGGCACGCGCCCGGGGACGACCUGCGGCCAGAGGCCCCGCCACCAGACUCCCUCAUCAGCCAGAUCUCCAUCCAGCGCUCCCUCACGGUGGGUCAGAACUGGCUGCGGGAUGAACAAACCAGCACUCUUCCCCUCACCAAGCUGAGCUACUCCUACCGGGUCAUCUGCAGUGACAACUACUAUGGAGAGAACUGCUCCCGUCUGUGCAAGAAACGCAACGAUCGCUUUGGUCACUACGUGUGCCAGCCUGACGGCAGCCUGUCCUGUCUGCCCGGUUGGACUGGGGAGUACUGUGAUCAGCCACUCUGUCUCUCUGGCUGUCAUGAACAGAAUGGCUACUGCAGCAAGCCAGCUGAGUGCCUCUGCCGCCCAGGAUGGCAGGGCCGCUUGUGCAACGAAUGUAUCCCGCACAACGGCUGCCGCCACGGCACCUGUACCACACCCUGGCAGUGCACCUGCAAGGAGGGCUGGGGAGGCCUGUUCUGUGACCAAGACCUCAACUACUGCACCCACCACUCCCCAUGCAAGAACGGGGCCACAUGUUCCAAUAGUGGGCAGCGGAGCUACACCUGCACCUGUGCCCCUGGCUACACUGGUGUGGACUGUGAGCUGGAACUCAGAGAGUGUGACAGCAACCCCUGUCGCAAUGGCGGCAGCUGUGAGGACCAGAAAGAUGGCUACCACUGCCUGUGUCCCCCAGGCUACUAUGGCCUGCAUUGCGAACACAGCACUUUGACCUGUGCUGACUCUCCCUGCUUCAACGGAGGCUCCUGCCGGGAGCACAACCAGGGGGCCAGCUAUGCCUGUGAAUGCCCCCCCACCUUCACUGGUUCCAACUGCGAGAAGAAAGUGGACAGGUGCACCAACAACCCAUGUGCCAAUGGGGGCCAGUGUCUGAACAGAGGUCCGACCCGCAUGUGCCGCUGCCGUCCCGGAUUCACAGGCCCCCACUGUGAACUCAGCAUGGGUGGCGACUGUUCCCACAGCCCUUGUGCCAACGGUGGCACCUGCCACCACCUGGAGAACGGGCCCGUGUGCACCUGCCCUGCUGGCUUUUCAGGCAGGCGCUGUGAGGUGCGGACAGCCAGCAAUGCCUGUGCCUCGGGUCCCUGCUUCAAUGGGGCCACCUGCUACGCAGGCCUCUCCAUGGACAGCUUUGUCUGCAACUGCCCCUACGGCUUCGUGGGCAGCCGCUGCGAGUUCCCCGUGGGCUUGCCGCCCAGCUUCCCCUGGGUAGCCGUCUCCCUGGGCGUGGGGCUGGUGGUGGUGCUGGUACUGCUGGGCAUGGUGGCGGUGGCUGUGCGGCAGCUACGGCUUCGGCGGCCGGAUGAUAGCAGCAGGGAGGCCAUGAACAACCUGUCGGACUUCCAGAAGGACAACCUGAUCCCAGCCGCCCAGCUCAAGAACACAAACCAGAAGAAGGAGCUGGAGGUGGACUGUGGCCUGGAUAAGUCCAACUGUGGCAAACACCAGAACCACACUUUGGACUAUAAUCUGGCCCCGGGCCACCUGGGUCGGGGGACCCUGCCGGGGAAGUAUCCCCACAGUGACAAGAGCUUAGGAGAGAAGGUGCCACUGCGGUUACACAGUGAAAAGCCAGAGUGUCGAAUAUCAGCGAUCUGCUCCCCCCGGGACUCCAUGUACCAGUCUGUGUGUUUGAUAUCAGAAGAGAGGAAUGAAUGUGUCAUUGCCACCGAGGUAUAAGGCACAAAGAUGCCCACAACACCCCAGCUUGGGCCCAGCAGCUGGACCUUCCUUCUGCAUUGUUUACAUUGCAUCCUGGAUGGGACGUCUUUAAUAUGCACCGUGCUGCUCUCAGGAGGAGGAGGGAAUGGCAGGAAUUGGACAGACUGUGAACUUGCCAAGAGAUGGACCGGCCCUGCAUACCUGCGGGAGUCUGUCUAUCAGAUUGGCAGCUCUGCCAGCCUGGGCAAUGGCAUUGAAGAGCCAGGAGAACACUCGAGCUGGUUUCCAAGGUGCCACUUGGACCCGCUCUGCCAGCAGUGGCCUUCACAGGGCUCCAGAGAGGAGCCCUGGCCUGUUUUCCAGAAGAGAGAGGCGGCAGUAGCCGUGGGGCUCAGACCUGCUGUGGCCUCCACCGGCAUCUGUUUCCCAAAGUGCCUUUGGCCCAGGCGCCACAAUGACAGCUGGGCUUACAUCCGAAAGGAGAGAGGGGCCAGCGCAGGCUGGGCUCUGUGGGCAGGAAGGCCACUGGGUGCCGUUUUGGCAGGGGUUGCCCAGCAGGUGAGGUGUACCUGAAGAGACAGCUUUCUGUCUGCAGGCAGCCUUGCUCGGGAGCUACCCGGCCUCUCCCUGGCCUCGCUGCUGGGUGAGGGUCGGUAGAUCUUGUCCAGCUUCCACCGCCCUGUGGCCUUCGGGCUUCCAGGAGCAGAUGGGCUGGGGGCCUACAGCAGCAGGGGGGUAACCAGGCAGCGCCGGGAAGCUCAGGGCAGUUACAGUGGAAAUUCCACUGAGGGGAAAAUUGGGGGCUGCUGCUGCCUGGACCCCUUUUCCCCCCCUGCUCAAACCUGUUCCUACGAUCUUGAGUCUGGGCUCUGCCUGUGUUCAUUCCAGCUCCUAGACUACCCUCGAAACCGACCUUCAGAAAUCAAUAAUAUGAGGUUUUAUUUUUUAUUUGUAGUUUAUUUUGGAAUCUAGUAUUUUGAUAAUUUAAGAAUCAGAAGCACUGACCUUUCUACAUUUUAUAACAUUAUUUUGUAUAUAACGUGUAUUUAUAAUGUGGAACAGAUGUGUACAGGAUUUUAUUA